UAGUUAUUUCUGCAGAAUAUGCUAAAAAUCACAAAUUAUACGCUGCUGUUGUUUUUUAAAAGAAUAUCUUAUUUCUACGCAUUGCACGAGUCUGGUUUGAGGCCAAACAAACGAGGAGCUCUGCAACUUUUCGCCCUCCUGUUGUAAACGACGCUAUCCUGCCGCAGUGAUGCAUAAAGUUGCUCGAGGCUCCGAGUCGUUAAUGAAAGCGGCGUGACGACAGGUCGGGAGGCAGGACCGUGUGUCCGGCGGGGGCGCGAGGCGAGUCCCAGAACGGGCAGGUUAAAGGUGCGUGGGUGGGAGCACCACGCGGCCACGCGCGCUUUCUCCUCCUCGGAGGUGUGGUUAUAGAGAAGGGGACAAAAAGGGUACUGCCCGAGUGUUUGUUGCAGUCAGUGUGUGAUAAGGACCUCACACAGGUGACUUGCCUGCUCGGCCAGGCCCAGGCCGCUCUGUGAACCCAACAUCUGUCAUAGCGGUAUCGGAUCCCAGAGGGCAGCACAAACCUCGACGCCAUGGCUCCAUCUCCUAAAGUGCAGGAUGGAGGCUGGGGAUGGGCUAUUGUUGUGGCGUCCUUCAUGGCCCAGCUUCUGGCCUAUGGAUCACCCCAGUCAAUGGGUGUGCUCUACCCAGAAUGGCUGCACGCCUUCCAGGAGGGCAAGGGCAUGACGGCCUGGGUGGGCUCCCUCGUGGCCGGAGUGGGACUAAUAGCCAUCAUCUGUGAUGUGAGCGAGGGGAAAACGAGUGCCUGGACACAUUGCUACUUCUAUGACGGUGUCUCAGCUGUCAGGCGGCUCUGGCAUUGCAGUACCUGUUGCACAACAACAACAAAGAAAGGAAGAAAUGGUCCCGUCUGCAGUGCCUGCGUUGACAACUUCGGGGCUCGACCCGUGACCAUCUUCAGUGGUGUGAUGGUGGCGGGUGGCCUGAUGCUCAGUGCCUUUGCUCCUAAUGUCCAGUUCCUCAUCUUUUCCUAUGGGAUAGUAGUCGGCCUGGGCUGUGGUCUGGUCUACGCAGCCACGUUGACAAUCACCUGUCAGUACUUUGACAAGAGACGCGGCCUUGCCCUCGGCAUUGUCACCACAGGCACAAGUGUCGGCGCAUUCGUUUACGCUACCGCUCAGAAUGAGCUGAUAGUGCUGUACGGCCUGGAUGGUUGUCUGCUAAUCAUUGGUGCUGUGGCGCUGAACCUCAUGGCCUGCGCCGGUUUCAUGAGACCCCUUUACAUGCCGGGGUACUACCUCAAACAGAAGGCGGCGCUGGAGCGCAACACGGACGAGCACCUUUUCGAAAAGCCUCCGCUGGACGAUUUGAAGAUCGCCACGGGCUCCACUACAACCACUCCAGAAAAGACUCUGACUGUGAAAGAGCUGCUAAUCACUAUGGAUGCCAAGGACCUGACCCUUCAGAAUCAGAAGACAAAAGGCAGCUUCCUAGCGAGGUUGGCCAUCAUGAAAGUCAUCAAGAAGAAGCAGCAGGCCUACGCCAAGUACAUGCAGUGCAUGUAUGCAAUCCUGCAGGACCAGGCCAUGGUGGCCUUCUGUAUCGCCGUCUUCCUGUUCAGCCUGGGAGCGUUCCCUCCUGUGCUCUUCAUAGAGGACGUGGCACAGAGUGAAGGACUCAUCGAAGAAGUCAGCCUCAUUCCUCUGGUGUCCAUAGGGGCCAUCGCCACAUGCGUGGGUAAACUGGUGCUGGGCAUCCUCGUGGACAUCAAGUGGAUCAACAGCAUCUAUUUGUAUGCCUUCACCAUGUUUGCAGGCGGUGUAUCGUUGCUUCUCAUUCCUAUCACCAAGACUUAUGUCGGACUGCAGAUCCUGUCUGCCAUCCUGGGAUUCUUCUCUGGGAACUGGUCUCUCACCUCCUACAUCACCACUAAGAUUGUGGGCUUGGAGAGACUCACACAGGCCCACGGCAUUCUCAUGUUCUUUGGGGGAUUUGGGAUCAUGCUCGGACCCCCUAUUGUAGGGUGGUUCUUUGACUGGACACAGUCAUAUGACAUGGCCUUCUACUUCAGCGGGAGCUGCGUGGUGCUGGGAGCGUUCAUUCUCUUUCUGCUCACCCUUCCCUGCUGGAAAAGGAAGCCCUCUGAGAGCGACAGGCCAGACGUCCAGUACACCAGCAACUGCGACAAGGUUGCCUCUGUAGCCUGAAUAUGAGCACCUUUCAUAAACAGUAAAGUCUUACACGCACUGCCCUGCAACAUUUCUCUAAACCUACUCCAGCAAGAAUUGUGUUUUUUUGAUAUUGGGGUUUUAUUAUUUUUGCUGCCAGGGUUUAAAAAUACCAAAAUACUCUCCAGAGGUUUUGAAAUGCAGGCCUUUCCUGUAGCUCCUCCUCUGUAGCUUGCCUGCGUUUCUCAGGUCCCAAUCCAUUCCUCUAGCUCUCUUUAAAAGUUUAACUCUGACACGUGUUUGAUAUUUUUAUUAUUGCCUUGUUUCACGAAGCUGACCGAGAGUAAUAGUUCAAUCUCCAAAUUCCACAUUGCAUUCAUGCAAACAGUGAAAUUCACUUCACUGUGGCUUCACAACAAGGGGAACACAAUAGGAAAACUUAAAACCACUCUGCAGAUGCAAAACACUUCCAGGAAUCUUAUUGGAACUGAGGCUGCACAGAUUGAAAUACACCUUUUGUAUUUAUAUAUUUGCAUCAGUGCAUUUAUGUGCAAUUAGUGCAAUAUGUACGUUACACCACUUACCAAAGCGUCAGCGCUAGUCAAUGUGUGUCAUCACAUAAUGCCUGUUGGAACAAUAUAAACGCCUUGUGUAAUAGAUAAGUUUGUUUUCAAACGCAUCAGCUAAGUUUAUAUUUUCAAAUGAUCUGAGUUGGACAUACUGUGCAGGCUUGUGCUUAUGUGUCAAUACUGAAGACAUCCUACUGUAUUCCAAACGUUAAGAGCAUGUUGAAUGUCUUUCCAGCAUGAGUAUCAUGACCUCUUUUGGCUUGUUUUUGUUUUGUUGUGACCAGGCUGGUUCUUUCUCCACCAUGCGUUUGUACGUUUAUAUCUACAUUGUGUGUUUGUGUACAUGUUUGAUCACAAAUGUUCACAUAUGCUGCACUGGUUUGUGUGUGCGCAUUGUUUGAUAAAAAAUUUGUAUUACUGUUAGUUUGUGAAGUUUUACGUUCUUGUGACUUUUAUAUGCACAGAAUCAGUCAUAGAGCUGUAAAAAUAGUUUUUGUCUAAGUUGGAAGUUGUCUGUUGUGAUCAUAUUUGUAAUGAAUACUCUGCAAUAGGCGUUUAGAACCACUUGAAUUUUAAAGACCACUACAGAUGUUGUUGCAUAGUUCCAGUUUCAGUUCUGAAGGUACAUUUCAGUGUACAUGUAUUUGGUUCUUGUAUUUGUAGGAAACUUUUUUGAGGACAAAGAUGAGGUUCAGUUGGCAUUGACUGUUGUUUAGCUGUCACGUCAUUGAUAUUUUUAUGGUAUUAUCAUAAUAUUUGUGUCUGUAUUUCUGUUUUGUUUUACUUAAAAUGUGCCAAUAAAUACUCUUUGGAUUUAUUAUA